GGGCGCGGAACCUGGCGGGCCGGGACGCAGCCGCCGCGCUGGGCCGCCGAGCUCGGGUGCGCGGGAUGAGCCUCGUCCGGAAAAAGGGCUUCUACAAGCAGGAUGUCAACAAGACGGCCUGGGAGCUGCCCAAGACCUACGCGGCCCCGACGCACGUCGGUAGCGGGGCCUACGGCGCCGUGUGCUCCGCCGUCGACAAGCGGUCAGGGGAGAAGGUGGCCAUCAAGAAGCUGAGCCGACCCUUCCAGUCCGAGAUCUUCGCCAGGCGGGCCUACCGCGAGCUGUGCCUGCUGAAGCACAUGCAGCACGAGAACGUCAUUGGGCUCCUGGAUGUCUUCACCCCAGCUUCCUCCCUGCGCCACUUCCAGGACUUCUACUUGGUGAUGCCCUUCAUGCAGACGGACCUGCAGAAGAUCAUGGGCAUGGAGUUCAGCGAGGACAAGAUCCAGUACCUGGUGUACCAGAUGUUCAAGGGUCUCAAGUACAUCCACUCCGCUGGCGUCAUCCACAGGGACCUGAAGCCGGGCAACCUGGCAGUGAACGAGGACUGUGAGCUGAAGAUCCUGGACUUCGGGCUGGCGCGGCACGCGGAUCCCGAGAUGACCGGCUACGUGGUGACACGCUGGUAUCGGGCUCCCGAGGUCAUCCUCAGCUGGAUGCGCUACAACCAGACGGUGGAUGUCUGGUCCGUCGGCUGCAUCAUGGCGGAGAUGCUGACUGGGAAAACCCUGUUCAAGGGGAAGGACUACCUGGACCAGCUGACCCAGAUCCUCAAAGUGACUGGGGUCCCAGGUGCCGAGUUCGUGCAGAAGCUGAACGACAAAGCGGCCAAAGCCUACAUCCAGUCCCUGCCACAGAGCCCCAGGAAGGACUUCACUCAGCUCUUCCCUCGCGCCAGCCCCCAGGCCACAGACCUGCUGGAGAAGAUCCUGGAGCUGGACGCGGACAAGCGCCUGACCGCCGCCCAGGCCCUCGCCCACCCCUUCUUCGAGCCCUUCCGGGACCCUGAGGAGGAGACAGAGGCGCAGCAGCCCUUCAGCGACCCCCUGGAGCAUGAGAGGCUCACAGUGGACGAGUGGAAGCAGCACAUCUACAAGGAGAUCAUGAGCUUCAGCCCCGUCGCCCGCAAGGACUCGAGGCGCCCGAGUGGCCUGAAGCUGCAGUGACUGCCACCCCUAGAUGCUGCCCUGGGGCCAAUAUUUAUUUGUCACCACUAAAGAGCACCCCAAAGCCCAGGACAGAGGGCCUGCCCUGGGCCUGGCUGCUGCAGAAUUCAGGAAGGAAGAGGUCCGAGCACACUGGACUGCAUUAGUAGGCCAUCGGUCCGUCUGUCUGGAGCGCAGGGCCUUUCUUCCCUGACGGCGGCGGUGGAUCCAUUUCCCUGGGCUGCUGUGACCCUCUGUGUCCUGCUGGUGCCUUACAACAGAAACCUGUGGCUCACAGUUCUGAAGCCCAAGGUGAAGGUGCUGGUCAGGCUCUGCUUCCUCAGAAGGGCCUAGAACAGAGUGCUUCUCCUCUUCCUUUAGCUCCUGGUGCUCUGGACAGCCCUUGGCAUUGCUUGGCUGUAGCUGCUGCCACUCUGGCCUCUGCGUGUGUGUUCACCCUCUUCCCAUCUCCAUCUUUCUGGCUUCUUCUUUUUUUGGUAUCAGGGAUUGAACUGAGGACCUUGCGCUUGCAAGGCAGGUGUGGUUCCCUGAGCUAAAUCCCUGGCCAUUUUUUGUUUUUUUUGAGGCAGGGUCUCCCUUUGUAGUUCAGGCUGGCCAUGAACUCACUGUGUAGCCCAGGCUGGCCUCAAACUCUGGGUGAUCCUCCUGCCUCAGCCUCCCAAGUGUUGGGAUUACAGGUGGGCCACCCUGCCCAGCCAUCCUUCUAUCUUCUUGCAAGAAUAGCGGUCAUUGGAUUUAGGGCCCACCUGAAUCCAGUAUGAUCUCGUCUUGGUCCCUACUACUCACAUCUGCAAAGACUAUUUCCAAAUAAAGUCACAUUCUGAGGUUCAA